CAACCUCAAAGGGAAAUAUCAUAAAAAAGACCAUGGCACCGCCGACACUGAAGUCUUCGCUGUGGAAACGCGAGGCGCCGGCGGACGACGAUACGGGUGAGACGGAGUCACCAUUCAGUUCCUCCACAUCAUACCCCGAUGCGGGUGACGCCCUUCCCAGCACCAUUCCACCACCGCGCAUAUUCAACAAACACUUCAGCCGACACCCAACCGAGACACCGGCCACACUGAUCGAUACAUUCGACGAUUCGAGUAGUAUAGCACCUACAAAAUCAACAGCAGAAGAUGUCGGCGAUCAGGCGAUACAAAUCACAAAACAGUUAGCAGAAGAUAUGGGAAUUUCGACAUGGGUUUUAGUAACAAUAAUUAUAGGAGUAUGUCUCGUAAUAUUAGGGAUAUGUUUCUGCUGCAUUCGAAGAUUUUUCCGCAAACGACGAGGAAAAGAUGGAAAAGGAAAAGGGAUGAAGGGAGUCGACCUAAAAUCUGUACAACUGUUAGGGUCAGCGUAUAAAGAAAAGGUUCAGCCGGACACUGAAGAACUCACGGAAAACAUCGAGGAACCCGAUGAAGACAAACCGGCCGAAAUCAAAUUAGGAAAACUCAACUUCAAGUUGGAGUACGACUUCAACUCAAACUCCUUGGCUGUGACCGUAAUACAAGCCGAAGAGUUGCCCGCGCUGGAUAUGGGUGGCACAUCCGACCCCUAUGUCAAGGUCUAUUUGCUGCCAGACAAGAAGAAGAAAUUCGAAACCAAGGUCCAUCGGAAGACCUUGAGUCCUGUCUUCAAUGAGACUUUCACAUUUAAGGGCGUUCCUUACGCGGACGCAAUGAACAAAACUCUAGUCUUUGCGAUAUUUGACUUCGAUCGGUUCAGCAAACACGACCAAAUCGGCGAAGUUAAGGUUCCUCUGUGUCAAGUGGAUUUGGCGCAAACCAUCGAGGAAUGGCGCGAAUUGCAGAGCGUCGAAGGCGAAGGCGGACAGGACAACAAGCUCGGGGACAUUUGCUUCUCGUUGCGCUACGUGCCCACGGCAGGCAAACUCACCGUCGUCAUUUUGGAGGCGAAGAAUUUGAAGAAAAUGGAUGUCGGUGGUUUAUCAGAUCCGUACGUGAAAAUAGCGCUGAUGCAGAAUGGAAAGCGACUGAAGAAAAAGAAGACGAGCAUUAAAAAGUGCACGCUGAAUCCGUACUAUAAUGAGUCGUUUACAUUCGAAGUUCCAUUCGAACAGAUACAGAAAGUGAACCUGAUGGUAACCGUGGUGGAUUACGAUCGUAUCGGCACAUCAGAACCUAUCGGUAAAGUGGUGCUGGGCUACAAUGCAUCUGGCACGGAGUUGCGCCAUUGGUCUGACAUGCUGGCGUCGCCUCGCAGGCCGAUCGCGCAGUGGCACACGCUCAAGGACCCCGAAGACGAUAAGAAGGACUAAACUGGCCCCGACCCUUAGGAUGCUGGGGAUAAAAA